CCUCCUCCAUGCAGCCACUCUUCGCUCUUCAGCUCACUACGUGCGCGCAGCGGGCAGUCCGCUCCGCCUGGAUACUGUAGCAGCACCAACUUGCGCCCUGCAAGCUUUCUCACGCGCCACAAUGUAUCCGAAUCGGGAAUAACAAGUCUGGUUUGGCUUUAUCACGUUUCUGGAGCUUCUCUCCGACAUAUUGGUCAUCACAUCACCCAGAGGCAGUAAAUUGACGAGCUGAGCACUUUGUUUCAGAUUUUGGAGGGAGAGUAGGAAGCUGUGCAUUGAAGACAUGAGUUUGGUGGAGGUGAGGCAGAUGGCAGCGUCUCUGACCCUGUCCUUGUCCAGCAACAACUCCAAGGAGCACUACUUUGACCGUGUGGACGAGAAUGGCCCUGACCACCUCCGCAGCAGGAACAUGUCACCAGACCUGAGACAGGACUUCAACAUGAUGGAACAGAAAAAGAGGGUCACCCAGAUUCUGCAGAGUCCGGUCUUUAAAGACGAGUUGGAGGGCCUGAUUCAGGACCAGCUGACAAAGGGUAACCACCCUACAGGUCUCCUGGCUCUGAGACAGAUUGCUGACCUGGUCAUGGCCAGCACUGUGGGAGGGGCCGGUCCCUUGACUUCUCCUGUCAGCUUGGGGAUGGUGACUCCAGUCAAUGACUUGUAUGGCAUUGAGUCUCCCUCCUUUGCAAAAGGGGAGAAACUGAGCCGCUGCANNNGGGCCAGCCUCUACAGGCUUGUGGACCUUUUCAGCUGGGCUCGUUUUACACGAUCUUACAUUACUGUGCGUGUCAGCAAAGAGCUGGACCAUGUUCUUAUUAGUCCACAAGGUCUGUCCUUCGCUGAGGUGACAGCAGCAAAUUUGGUGAAAGUAAACAUAAUUGGUGAAAUGGUGGACCAAGGCUCUACUGAGCUGGGUAUUGACCAUUUUGGAUUUGCUCCUCAUGCGGCCAUUUACUCCAUGCGCCCUGAUGUGAGAUGCAUCAUCCAUAUACAUACCCCUGCUACAGCUGCUGUGUCCUCGAUGAAAUGUGGACUCUUGCCCAUUACCCAGGAGGCUUUGCUUCUGGGAGAUGUGAGCUGCUUUGGUUACCAUGGCAGCCUGGAUAAUAAAGAGGAGAAGGUGGAGUUUCAGAAAGCACUGGGUCCUACUGCCAAGGUGAUGAUUCUGAGGAACCAUGGGCUGCUUGCUUUGGGGGAAACAGUAGAAGAAGCUUUUCACUAUGUUUACCACUCACAGCAAGCUUGUGAAAUCCAGGUCAACGCUUUGAGGUGUUCAAGCAGCACGGACCACCUUGUGCUGCUGGACAGAGAGAAGUUUAAACCCCUGACACAGGGUGUGGCUGCUGCCGGGGUGGUGAUAGACAAUGAGGUCAAGUGGAAAGUGGGCGAGGCCCAGUUUGAGUCCCUUAUGAGGAUGCUGGACAACCUGGGAUACAGAACAGGCUACUCUUACAGAAACCCCAUUGUCCGUGAAAAACCCCGCACUAAGAACGAUGUGGAGAUCCCUGCCACAGUGUCUGCUGUGCCACCGGAGGACAGUGAACUGGGUCUACGUAGCCCCUUCAAGUUUAUGGCGCAGAAACAGCAGAGAGAAAGAACCCGGUGGCUCAAUUCACCCAACAGCUACUUGAGGGUCAAUGUUCCUGAACAGUCACCCAGCGGGGAUGUCAGUCCUAGGACCAAAACCAUGUGGAUGAAGUCAUCACAGCCAGGUAACAGCGUUGGCACCCCAAUAAAGAUCGAGGACCCCAACCAGUUUGUCCCACUCAACACUGAUCCCACAGAGGUUUUGGAUAAGAGGAACCGGAUAAAAGAACAGCACAGAGGCGACCAGAUGACACCAGGACCAAAGUCUCAGUUACUAGCAGGCAUUGUUGUGGACACCAUACCUGGACCAGCUUUCAUCAUUGAGGACGAGGAGCAGACUCGCUCGCUUCCCCCGAACCCCUUCAAUGAGCUUACAGAAAAAGAGCUGGAGGAAUACAAGCAAACUGUAGAAAGAAAGCAGCAAGGACAAGAAGAUGAUGAUGCCACUGAUGCAGAUGAGAUGACCACAUUUGAUGGCUCUACUAUCUCCCUCUCUCUCUCUCCCAUAAUGACACCAGCUAAACAAGACACCAUACCCAACGGGAAAGACCACUUGGCAGAGAUGGAGGAGGAUCUGAGUAUAGAAGUGUCUAAGCUGAGCGUGAGCACUUUGGAAAGCGUGGAAAUCUCCAUAACAACAAAAGAGAAGACGACAGAGGCUCAGACCCCAGAGAGCCAAACAAAGUCCCCCAAGAAAAAGAAAAAGAAGUUCCGCACACCUUCAUUCUUGAAAAAGAGCAAGAAAAAGAAGGAGGAGAAAGAAAAGGCAGAAGCUUGAGAGCAUUUACUGUUAAAACAGUGAGUGUUUGAAAAACAUCUUAAUUGCCUUGUUAUGUUUUAGCUUGCUGAAAAGGGAAGAAUAAGAGAAAUGACUAUAAUUUAGUUGGAAAAGUCUCCCAGGACAGGAUUGUUUUUACAUAUCCUGCACAUUCAUGGUUAUUUCAUGUGAAUGUUUUUCCAGGAUGGAAAUGUAUAGAUUUUUUUUUUUCCUAAUGAGAAUCUGUGAAUGACCAGUUCUGAGGACAAAGUAAAAUGAAAAGUGAAUGCAGAACUGCAUAGCUGUGGUUUUGUAUUACCCAUAUUUUUAAUGGGGUUAAAAAACUGAUAUCAUAUGAUACACGGAUUCGAAGUUCAUGAGUGCAUCAGUGUGAGCCAGUGAUUUAUCUGUUGUCAUUCCUUUUGCACAAGUUCAUCGUUGAAUGUAUACUGAAAGCUAAGUAAAUUGUUUAACAAUUUUAAAAUGUAAUAAUCACAAUAGUAAUGUAACAGGGGCUGCACACAUUAAGAUUAUACAAUGUUUAGCCUUAUAAAAAGAAUGAUUUGUAUUUGAACAUAUUCAUAGCUAUAUGAUCUUGUAAUAAUAUAUGUUGGUUUAUAUUAUAGGUAUUACAAUAGUGUUUGAUAGUUAAAUAAUUGAUUUGAUAGUCUUUACAUAUGUUCUUUACACACUAACUCAUACUAAACAUGCUGUGAUUGAUAAUAGAGUAAUUCCUGUUUUUACAUAGAUGUCAGUGGUAUUUUUCCCAUGGUUGCUGCUUUAUUGUAAUUGUGACAAGGAAUCGACUGCGACUAAAAGGAAGAGCUCAGCAAAGUGGCGAUUCUUGCAUACUGAUGUGUGGCAGAGCGAUGAAGUUUGACUUUUACUAAACAGACAGAAAAUCACUACUUGUUUGGUUGUUGACAAUGAAAGUGCCAAAGCUGAAUCAUAGAAAGUUGAACAUGACGGUUUGACUAAUUAUGUCCAAAUAGUCAUUUGAUGGCAGUAUGCUGUGGAAUGCUUUUUUUUGUAGCCACUGUCAAAAGUUUAAUAUGAAGCAUAUUAGAGGACCAUAUAUUUACAUCCCAGCCAAUAAUGUGAAUGAUUUAUUUAGUCCCAAAGGGAGUGAACACUGCCUUUGUAAAUAGUUUGUUUUUGUGAAGUUCUUCUGUUAUGCUAAACCAAACGUUAAACAAUGAAACAUAGAAAUGUGACAGUACAGUCUAAUAAUAGUUAAUACUUUUAUCAUGUUUUAUCCACCUUAAUUAAGCUCCUUAUUUACUAAACAUGCACAGCUCCAUGUGUUUACAAAUGAUAUUACUUAUGUAAUUUGUGUGUCUAGUGCUUGUAUUUCCUCUGUUGUUUAUGUUGCUAUUUGUAUUGCCUGGGUAUUCCCACGGUGCUUUACAUUACUGUCACCUUGCCUCAAAGUCACUCUAAAAUUGCCUUCCACCUGAUGUAAUAAAAGCUGGGGUAUGUUUCCAUAACUGUUU